UUCACAUGUGUCCCCUGCGGCACAAGGUCCUCGCAUACCAUCUCCAAGCAGGGCUACCAUAAGGGAUCUGUUCUCAUCACCUGCUCAUCAUGUCGAAACCGACAUAUCAUCAGCGACCAUUUGAACAUAUUCGGUGACCGUAAGCUCACCAUUGAAGAUCUCAUGAAGGAAAAGGGACAACUCGUCAAGCGC